AGGGAACGUAUCCCACAACGAUAAUUGUUAUCACCGAGAAUAGUUAGCAACCCAGGUAAUUAUUGUACAGGAUGACGAGUGUUGGUGUAAAAUAUAGUAUGAAUCCACCCACAUUACAGCAAAUGCAGACAACUGCUUUACUUUCCUUACUCAAUCUCAGUAACUUGACUGAUCCCACAAUUGACGGUCCACAAUUGUCUGAGAACGCAGUCGCAGGCUUGAAGUUGCCGUCAUCUGGGCUUCCAGUAUGGAAGGUAUUGGUUCUAGACCAGCAAACGAAGGAUGUGCUUGCAACUGUGCUGCGGGUUCAGGACUUGCGUGAUGUUGGCGUCACUCUACAUAUUCAACUACACUCGCAGCGCCCACCAUUUCCCGAUGUCCCUGCUAUUUAUUUCGUUUCCCCAACUCUUGACAAUGUUCAAAGGAUAGCAGAAGAUAUCGGGAAGUGUUUAUAUGAAUCAUUCUAUCUCAAUUUUGUGGAGCCUCUUCCCCGGGCACGCUUGGAAGAACUUGCUGUUAUGGUUGCGAGAGAAGGUACCGGUGAUUUAGUAGAACGAGUCUUGGAUCAAUACCUAUCCUUCGUCGCACCGUCUCCAUCGUUAUUUUCCCUUUUGUCACCUUUUCCACGGGCUUCUCCAAAUAACUUGGGGUCUUCCCAUCCUCCACCUAAACUUCAUUCUUCUUACAAAUAUCUCAACUCUCCAUUAUCUACGGAACAGCAGAUCGAGGAAGAGACUGAAAGAAUUGCAAGUGGUCUUUUCAGUGCUGUUGUCACACUGGGUCAUGUGCCAAUAAUUCGUGCGCCAAAGGGAAAUGCAGCAGAGAUGGUUGCAAAGAAGGUUGAACAGAAAAUUCGAGACGCUAUUCUCAUGGCUUCCCGUUCGCACUCGACAAAUUCAUUAUUCUCUCAAGAUGCAACUGCGUUAUCGAGUCUACAACGACCACUUCUUCUUAUCCUGGACAGAAAUGUUGAUCUGGUAUCGAUGGUUUCGCACGGGUGGACCUACCAGGCCCUCGUUUCUGAUUGCCUCGGGAUAAAGCUGAAUCGAGUAAUUAUCGCUCAACCUCAGAAACGAUCUUACGAUCUCGACUCUAGGGAUUUCUUUUGGUCCAGAAAUGCGGCCAAUCCAUUUCCACAAGUUGCGGAGGAAAUCGACACCGAGUUGAACAAAUACAAGCAGGACGCCGCCGAGAUUACCCGCUCAACGGGUAUCAGUGAUGUCAACGAUAUUUCACAGUUGGAUGUUUCAAACAACGCUGCUCACCUAAAGACCGCCAUCACGCAGUUACCAGAGUUGACGGCACGGAAAGCGACUCUCGAUACUCAUAUGAAUAUCGCCACUGCCUUGUUAGAGCAGAUUAAAAGCAGAGGUCUAGAUGAGCUUUUCAGUGUAGAGGAAGCUAUCAACAAGCAAAAUGUUGCGUCAAUCCUCGAGCUAUUGCGCGCCAAACGUCCAGAUGGUGCCCCGGCUCCCCAAGAUAAACUACGUCUUGUUUUGGUAUUCUACCUGUCUUCACACGGUACCAUCUCCAAGGACGACAUCACUGAACUUGAAAAAGAAUUGAAAGGUGCCGGAGCUGAUGUUGCUGCAUUUGAAUACGUCAGACGAACUAGGGAAAUUUCUCGCAUGACCAUGUCAGCGACCACGGGUGGCGCCUCGACACCCGUGCUGGGAGGAGGGCAAGGAGAGUUAUUCAGAGGAUUCAGUGCUCUCGGAAACAGGCUCACUGACCGUCUGAAAGAAGGAGGCCUAGAGAACCUUAUAUCAGGAGUGAAGAACUUUUUGCCUGCCAAUAAGCUAUUCCCUGUCACGAGAGUGACUGAGGCUUUAAUGGAUUCUUCGUCGGCAUCCAAUCAAUCUCUGCAAGAAACUGAUGAAUAUAUUUUCCUUGAUCCGCGUGCGCCACGACACGCUAAUGAUGGAAUGUCCGGUGGACCGGACGGUUCGAGUCGAGCGAAACGUAUGGCAUACUCUGAAGGCGUGGUCUUUGUUAUCGGCGGCGCAGGAUACGUAGAGUAUGGUAAUUUAGCAGAAUGGGCUGAAAAGGCAGGGAAAAGGGUGACAUACGGUGGUACAGAGAUUCUGGAUCCAGGAGAGUUCGUCGGCAUAUUAGAAGAAUUAGGGAAGAAUAAUACAUAGAAGAUCCAAAGAAGUUGCAUUGGUAAUCUUUGAUGAAGUCAUAGAAUACACUGAUACACUUAUAUUGGUCACUGAACAAGCGUCCUAUCACCAGCGAAAA